AUGGAAGAUCCAGAGGAAGAAGAGCUUCUGAAUCUCAGCCUCUCAGUUUCUGCAGGUAGAUCAGAGAGGAAAAAGAAAGGAAAGAUGAUGAUGAUGAGUACUAGAGAUCAUCAUCUUCAUCAUCACCACCACAAUUCCUUCUCCUCCUAUGAACAAGGCUUGGAAGGGAAGAUCUUUAGGUUGCUUCAAACCAGAGAUCUAAUGCUUCGUCAAGAUCAAAACCUCAUGAGAAAUCGAAGAGGAGUUCUAGAAGAUGGCAAUGGCCUCCCUCUGAUUCACCUUCUCCUGAGUACAGCCACUUGUGUUGAUGACACCAACAUUAACUCUGCCCUAGACAACCUCACCCAGCUUUACCAAACUGUCUCUCUCACCGGCGACUCCGUCCAACGCGUCGUCGCUUACUUCGCCGACGGCCUCGCUGCUCGGCUCCUCACCCGGAAAUCCCCCUUCUACGACGUGCUGAUGGAUGAACCCACAAGUGAAGAAGAGUUCUUAGCCUUCACCGACCUUUAUAGAGUCUCACCGUACUACCAAUUCGCUCACUUCACAGCCAACCAAGCCAUCCUUGAAGCCUUCGAGAACGAGGAAGACAAGAACAACCGAGCAUUACAUGUCAUCGACUUCGAUGUCUCCUAUGGUUUUCAAUGGCCUUCUCUGAUACAAUCCCUCUCCGAGAAAGCCACCAGCGGCAACAGAAUAUCUCUGAGAAUCACAGGCUUCGGGAAGAACCUCAAAGAGCUUCAAGAAACGGAAUCUCGUUUGAUCAGCUUCUCAAAGGGAUUCACCAAUCUGGUGUUUGAAUUCCAAGGCUUGCUUCGAGGCUCACGUGUGAUUAACCUAAGGAAGAAAAAGAAUGAAACAGUGGGUGUGAAUUUGGUCUCUUAUUUGAACACAUUGAGUAGCUUCAUGAAGAUUUCUGACACAUUGGGAUUUGUUCAUUCCCUCAACCCCUCCAUUGUUGUGCUUGUGGAGCAAGAAGGAAGUAGAAGCCCCAGGACGUUCUUGUCGAGAUUCACUGAUUCAUUGCACUACUUCGCCGCCAUGUUCGAUUCUCUUGAUGAUUGCUUACCUAUGGACAGCACAGAGAGGCUGAGGAUAGAGAAGAAGCUUCUGGGAAAAGAGAUCAAGACCAUGUUGAAUUACUACGACGUGGACGGCUCGGAUUGUCCCAAGUACGAGAGGAUGGAAACAUGGAAGGCGAGGAUGGAGAGCCAUGGCUUCAGCGGAACAAAAGUGAGCUCAAAAGCUUUGAUUCAAGCGAAGCUACUUCUGAAGAUGAGGACGCAUUAUUCUCCACUUCAGUUUGAAGACGACGGAGGAGGAGGAGGAGGAGGCGGUGGGGGUUUCAGGGUUUCAGAGAGAGACGACGGAAGAGCCAUAUCUUUGGGAUGGCAAAAUAGGUUUCUUCUUACAGUCUCGGCAUGGCAGACAGUGCUGUGA